AUGGUCGCGAUCGAACGUCAAAAAACUAACUAUCCAUCGGUGCAUUUACAAGAAAUGCUGAAAUUAGCCCAGAAGCCAGCGCCAUUGGCAACACCGACUAAUUACACUAGUUCAAUAGUGAAUGAUCCUGUUUCAACUGUGAUAAAUGGUGAUCUAACCAAACGGAUUUUACCAUCACAGUUUGGCCUUGCUGAUGAUCCAUCCUUGCAAUUCAAAACACCUGGCGGCGGUUUUGUUCAAGUUUUCGGGCCACUGAAAACGCCAAACAACGAUAAGUUCUUUCAUGAUCCCAAUCCAGUAGUUAUUCAAAAGAAAUCGCAACCGAUUACCUACAUACAAAAGAUUAACUUAGCAUAUUAUAAACCUCCAGCACCGCCAGCUCCUGGUCCAGUAAUUAUUAAAGAGGUACGUCCACCUCCUGAACCGGUUCCACCACCACUUUUCGUUCGCAUUCAACCACCGCCACCACGAGAACAAGCACCAAUCAUUAUACGUGAGGCUCCGCCACCUCCACCAAAACACAUUCCAGCAACAUUAGUCACAAAAGUGCUACCACCCACACCGGCACCACCACCGAAUGUUCACGUUCGUAAUUCCCUCGAUCAUGCGACCGUGCAAAGAACAUUAAACAACUUGGGUAUAACAUCCUACAGAACGAAUCAAUAG